GCUUCUAGGUCUGCUCCCAUUUUACAUCGCAUUUCCUCACUAGAUGGUGUGCAAGCCACUGGAGAGUACACCUCCCCGCACAGCGAGCUCUAUAAGCAGCAAAACAAACCUGGGAAACUAUACGGCGGACCAUUUCUUUGCGGGGCUCCGAGGAGGAAAAGUGUGGCAAUAAAUCGUCGUUCGCAUCAAGGUUUUGUUUUUUUUUUAAGCCACGCUUUUUUUGGCAACAACAAGACUUGGGAGAAGCGGCAGCAGAACACAGCUGUGAUGGACAUAAUGAUUGCGGUGCAGGAUGCUUGUGUCUCUGGUCAGUGGCUUACUGCGAUAAUUCUCAGCCUGUGCUGUUUUCUGCCGUCCUGUUUGCCCGCUGGACAAACUGUGGACUAUUCCCCGGUCGAAAGUGUGGUCAGCAGACAAGGCGACACGGCUCUACUGAGGUGCUACCUGUUGGAUGGGAUCUCUAAAGGAGCCUGGUUGAACCGCUCGAGCAUCAUAUUCGCAGGGAACGACAAGUGGUCUGUGGACCCACGCGUGUCCAUUGUGUCCAGCGUCGGAGACAAACAUGAGUACAGCCUUCAGAUACAGAAAGUGGAUGUAACUGACGAUGGCCAGUACACGUGCUCCAUUCAGAGUGAGCGCAACCCGAGGCCAAAGCUCCUCAACCUAAUUGUAAAAGUUCCUCCCAAGAUAUAUGACAUUUCUUCUGACAUCACGGUAAACGAGGGCAGCAAUGUGUCGCUCAUCUGUACAGCCAGUGGGAAACCUGAGCCGUCCAUUUCCUGGAGACACAUAACGCCAUUAGCCAGGAAGUAUGACAGUGGCGAAUAUCUUAACAUCACCGGCAUCACAAGGGACCAGGCUGGAGACUACGAAUGCAGCGCUUUAAAUGACAUCGCCUCUCCUGACACCAAAACAGUAAAAGUCACAGUCAACUUUGCCCCCGCUAUCCAUGAGAUGAAAAGCCAUGGUGUCGGUCUGGGACGCACAGCUCUGCUACGGUGUGAGGCAGCUGCUGUGCCUUCUCCUACAUUCGAGUGGUACAAGGGCGAGAAAAGGAUUAUCAAGGGUCAAGGCAUCGACAUCAAGAGCCUCAGCUCCAGAUCAGUCCUCACAGUGACCAACAUGACAGAGGAUCGUUACGGGAACUACACAUGUGUCGCCUCCAACAAGCUAGGGACGGCUAAUGCCAGUGUGCCUCUCAUUCCAAUUAUUGAACCCACCACCACUAGUGCUGUCUCAAGCCCAGCGCCCAACACUGCACCCUAUGGGAGCACAGGAAGUGCAUACGUCCCGCUGGCCUGCCGAUACCUGGUCCUGGCUCUCUCCUCCUUCAUCAGCGUGUACUAGCAGAGGCCAGCCCAGACCCAAUGACUGUGGAGAGCAUUUAUGAAUCCUUUUUGACAUUGCUGAUGGCUGGAAUCAAAUCUGGUACAGUUUGUUGAAAAGCCGUGAUGGGAAAAUAAUCAGCGUUAGUUUGUGUGGAGUUUUUUUUUUUUUUUUUUUUUGGUUUUUUUCUGUUGCUUUUUGGUGAAAUUUCUGUCAUGUAAAUACUAUGAUGUUUUUUUUAUCAUUAUUAUUAUUAUUAUUAUUUCCUCUCUUCUUUUCUGAUGACCACCUUGUGAAUCAGUGCUCAGCCCCAGCCACACUCCACCUCUGCUCAUCAAAAUGAGUUAUUUCGAGCCUCUUCCUCUGGGAGGCAAUGGCGCAAAAUUGACAUUUUCAUCCGUUUUUUGUACAUGGCUAAAAAGACGCAAUUGUGCCAAGUCUCUCAGUACACAGAAUUACCAUACCAAUGUUGUAUUGAAUGUAUUAUGGGUUGUUGAACAAAGGAAGGACAUUUAGAUUCCUAACAAUACAAAUUCAGAUUAUGGAGUGUGCUUAAAAAAAUACAGGAAAAAAAAAAACAGAAAAAAAAGCAAAAGAACAAAAAAGGCAGGGCUUUUCAGGACCUGUAUUGUCAUGAUUACUCAAUAGAUGGAUGAACAGUGUUGAAGGUGUGCUUUAUUGUAUUCUGAAAUGGGUCCUACAUUUACUAUGCCUGCCUCGCAGAUUUGAUCAGGCAGCCGUCAAAGUAGCAAAGUAUACUGUAUUGUAUCUUUAUAUUUUAAUAUAGUGUAGGCUUUUGUUUUAAAGUGGGACCAGCUUUUCUCAUUCAACCAAGAACAUUAACACAGCUCACAACUUCACGACUGUACAGUACGAAGGGAGGAACAUCGCUGCCCUAUGUUUACAUUUUUCUUGAAAAUAUAAAUACUACAGUAUGUACUCAAUACUUUUUUUAGUUUCAGUCCACAUACAUGAAUGUUGCAACAAAGUGUUGCAGUUGAAAAGAAAAAAGCAGAGCCCAACCAGUUCAGCUGUUAAAACUUUUCUCUUAAAGAUGCAGUUCUUUGAAACAUGUCACUUCCAGUGAGUGUCUGAGCAGAGGUUUUUAUGUCUCUGAAAUUGCUGUGUGUACCCACUGAUCAUCUGCUGACUGAAAACCCACAACUGCACACUGCAGGUCUCUUGAAGAUUUUGACUUCAACUUUUGGCAUAAUGGAUUCUUGGAAAGCCACAGUCUCCAGCAUGGCCUAUAAUUCUUCUGUCUUUUCUUCACAAAUAAUUCACAAUACUUAAAUAUCUUAUAGUAUCCUCUAAAAUAAAUAUAUCUACCUUGUUUCACCAGUUUACAAAUAAGUUGAGACCAGAGAGCCAAAGGACAUGUAACUUAAGAUUUAACUUUGAAUAACAAAAUGAAGCAUGUCACUGCAAACGUGGCCUAAGUCACUAAGAGCUCCUCCAAGAUGAGUGUCCAUUUUAAUAAAACAAAACUCAAACAGUGUCCACAGGGCUGGUGAAAGUCCAGCAGAGUUGAGGAUAAAUUGAACCAUGAUUUUGUGAAAUAAGAGGAAAUGUGGCUUUUUGUUCACUGAAAUACCAUAUCAAGGCUAAAAAAACAAUGUUGUUGUAAGAGUUUACUUUUUGACAAGACUGUCAUGGCAUAUUCAUCCUCAAAUAUCCUCAAGUCAUGGUGUAAGCAGAGAUACUGUACUGUAAUGCCUUAAUAGUACCAUAGACAUUAAAUGAACCUCCUUUAAAAGGACACUUCCAGAAGCUCUCAACAAGAUACAACUCAUUUGUUUGACAUAUUCCUGAUGUUCAUAAAACUAUAGCUGACUUAUCUUUCAAACUAGGCAUAAAAUUCAGUGAAGAAAAUAAUUCUCAAGUCAUGGCUCUCGCAGGUAUUUUCAAAUAAGCCAGUUGCAUCUGGUAAAGAUGCAGUAUUUGUCGUACAGGUUAACAUGUUUGCAAGACUUUUUUGGAUUCGGAUUGUGUUAUAUUUUACCCCCGAGAUCGAGGGACUAUCAGUACCCGAGUUCACGCAGUAUUUUCACAUGAACUUGUAACUGCAAACCUAUAGAGAAAUAGCCAUCGCAGUUCAAAACUUAAAGCACAAACACUGUAAUUACAUUUACGUUUUGUGAUAAUUUGUUUUAAGGUCUGCUAAACAUUUUUUCUUUUGUUAUUUGUACUGAAAUUGUUAUCAGCUUGUUUUACGAAUUAUAAAAAUACUGCACCAUAUGAUCUUGUUUAAAUGUUAAGGUAUAAUGAAAAUGGGUCGGAAAUAUAUUUAUUCUCUUCCUUUAUGAAAAAAGUGUAUAAAAAAUAGAUUUGAAACAUGUAAAACUGGGUAUGUGAAAUUUAUUUGAAUGAGGCACAGUAUGGCAUAGUUUAUAAUGUUGUCGGGUUCAUUUAGAUGCCAUAACUGUUGUUGAUUUUUUGUCAGACAAGUACAUUAAAAAGAACAAUGUUUGCAAUCAAAAUUACCUACUUUUUGAAAAAGAGAGGGUGUGAACCAAUAUUACAGUAUUAUAGAACAGAAUCAAUGUGUGUAUAUUUGGAGAAAAUAGGAUACCUUUUGAUCUUUAGAGCCAGUGUGUAGUCAUAGUUUUCACACACUUGCGUGUUUGACGAUGUGCAGAGAGUAUGGUUGUGCUGCAUGUCAAAGUUAACCUGUGUUUUUGAGGUGGCAAUUUUGCUGAUAUUCAUACUUUUUAUGAAUGGAACCAAUUUUUUCCAAACCUUUGGUUCUUAAAUCUGGUCUAAAAAUACAUACCUCCAACAGACCACCAGGCUUUGUUUGUUUGUGAUUUAUUUGAAUCAACUUUGCUGAUAAACUAAAACUACUGCUAUUCAGAGUCAUGAUGAUUAUUGUGGCACACUGGUGACAGUCUGGAGUUAUGUUGGUUGCUUGUCUAAGCAGUUAAGACCAUGCUAGUAUUCCAUAUGAAAUGUACUGGAUGUUGAUUAUUUUGAAUAAUGGUAUUAACAAGUCCCUUUUAUCGAAUCACUAUUAUUUGCAAUAAAAGUCUUCAUGUUACAAUAUAAA